AUGUUUGCUUACCGAUGUGUCGCUCUUCCAUUGCUGAGCGUCAGUGUCCAGAAAGCUUAUUGCAGGGUUAGUAAACUAGGAAUUUCCGGCCAAGGUCCUGUGACAAGAAAACCUACACAGGGCGUGCCCAUGUUGCGUCCCAGUGAAGAUGCUUUCACUUACCAAGGACCAGUUCAAGGAAGCGAAGAUCAGAACAAUUCAUCCAUGUUACCGCCGGACAAAUGGUAUUAUCAGAAUCGUUCCGAUGGAUGGUGUUGUCUCUGGCAAAACAUGUCGGACUUACCAAAGGAAAUGCAAUUUACUGACGACACCUUGGUAUCAGUUGUGGCUUAUACCUGCCUUUUUCUGGUAGCUGCAAUCGGAAACUUGACAGUAUUUAUUACCCUUUUCCGAAACAGGAACAGAAAGUCGAGAGUAAAUAUGUUUAUCAUGCAUCUUUCUAUAGCCGAUUUGUUGGUAACGUUUAUAAUGUUACCUUUGGAGACAGCCUGGCACAUCACAGUGGCUUGGAAGGCAGGAGAUGCCAUGUGCCGUAUUUUAAUGUUUUUCAGGGCCUUCGGAUUUUAUCUUUCUUCCUUUAUCCUGGUUGUGAUUAGCUUAGACAGAUACUUUGCUAUUCUUUACCCAUUGAGCCUGAACGAUGCCGACAAAAGAGGGAAGAUAAUGCUUGCAUUGGCAUGGAUUUUCAGCGGGGUAGCAUCGAUUCCACAGAGUAUCAUAUUCCACGUAGAAACUCACCCUGAGUUCCAGUGGUUUACGCAGUGCGUCACCUUCAACUUUUUCCCAAGCAAAAAACACGAGCUUGCCUACAACUUGUUUAAUGCCAUCACAGUAUACGGAUUGCCUCUAGUCAUCAUAAGCAUAUCAUACAUUUCCAUUCUGUGGAAGAUAUCACAGAAGACAAAGGAGAGUAGAGCUGAACUAAGUGCCUAUACGGAGACGGUUCGGUCUAAAUUACGACGAUCGGGUGUUGGUAACAUAGCUAAAGCCCGAAGCCGGACUUUGAAGAUGACCGUAGUUAUAGUCAUGGUUUUUGUUAUCUGUUGGACGCCAUACUUUGUGAUAUCAGCCUGGUGGUGGUUCGACAGCCGUUCUUUCAAGAAGAUAGACCCAAAAGUUCAAAGAGGCUUGUUGUUAUUUGCGGUGUCCAACUCCUGUAUGGACCCCAUUGUCUACGGAAUGUUUUCGGCAACAUUCCGACGUGAUAUCAAAAGAUUACGCUCCUGGAUAAAGACAAUAAAAGAAACUAAAAAUGGGCAUAAACGGUACCAAACAACCACAGUGUAG